GUAAUCCAUCUUGGUUCUUUAUUGAUGCUCUUGUUCUUGGUUUCUUUACGUAUACAAUGGCUCAUCAUCACCACCACCAUGCGGCGGCGGCGUCAUCGGAGUGGGAGCACAAGUGCGGCAGCCUGGCGGCGGAGCUGACGGCGGGUAGGGACGUGGCCAAACAGCUCCAGCUCAUCCUCAGCUUCAUCCCGCCGCCCUCCUCCGUCCACCACUACUCAUCUUCUUUUCCUUCGUCGUCAUCAGUGGCUGCAGAGCAGGCGACGACGAGGGAAGUGCUGGUGCAGAAGAUCCUUGCUUCCUACGAAAACGCGCUUUCCAUGCUCAGUACUACUCCGAGGAUGAUGCCAGCUCAGCACCACCACCAUGACCCGAACCGAGAUCAUCAUGAUCUCGGUUCGGGUCAUGAUGAUGGGGACAUUGGGACGGUGGUGACGAUGAUGUCGAAGUCGUCGCCGCCGGGGACGAGGAGCGGGAGUCCAGGGAGCGAGGACUCCGACUCCGGCCACGACCUCUUCAAAGACACCACCUCUUCUAGGAAAAGGAAGAGCAUUAUUCCAAGGUGGACGCAUCAGGUUAGAGUGGGCCCAGGGAUGGGCCUCGAAGGCCCACUUGACGACGGCUUCAGCUGGAGAAAAUACGGCCAGAAGGACAUCCUCGGCGCCAAAUACCCUAGAGGGUAUUACAGGUGUACGCUGCGAAACGUGCAAGGCUGCCUGGCCACAAAACAAGUCCAGAGGUCCGACGACGACUCCACCGUCUUCGAGAUUACGUACAGAGGAAGGCACACCUGCACCCAAUCUCCACCGCCAAAUAACACCGCCCCUCCACCGUCCGAACCAGCCAUGCCGGCGGCGGACGACCGUCAGCACGAGCAGCUGCUCCUCAACUUCCGGAGGGGACUCAACGUCGUCGGGGUAACCGACGACGGCUCGGAGUUCGACUACUCUCCCCCAACGAGUACCUACGCCGGCGGCAGCUUGUUCUUUCCUCCGCCGCAGGCUACUACGGCGGCGAUGACGUCAUUCGCACCUCCGUGCAGUUCUGUCUACCACCACAGCUUUAGCGGCGGCGCGGCUAGUAGUAGUAGGAGCAAUGAUAACAUUAAAAUUAUUAGCUACGGACGGGAGCAGAGUACAACGGCUGCAGCCGCUCCGCCGGUUGACUUCCCGUUUGGCAAUAUGGACCAUUUGUUUGACGAUCCGACGACCUUCACGUUCGACAACAACGCCGGCUUCUUUUCCUAGCUACCUAGUCCAAUCAUAUGCUAGCUAAGCUAGCUGCUGCCGUGAAACUUGAUGAGUGAUGUUUGACUUCAAAAAUUCGAAUUCAAAGUGAGUUGAAUUUUUACGUACUGGAUCGACUAAUCUUUGAGAUUGUACCAAUAAUUUAUAUUUUUUUUU